CCUGCCAUGAUGGGGUGCGCUGGGCAGACAUGGGGGGCCGUCACCAACAGCUCCCCCCCCAGUGCUCAACUGCCCUCCGCCAGGCCGGGGGAGCCGGGGCCGGUCGGUUCCUGCACACCGUGGGCACGGUUUUGGAGGCCGUGGUGGCUGCGUCUGGUGACCCGCGUGCGCCGCGGUGGCCGGCGUGGCUUCCCCGGCCCGGCCUGGCCCGGCACCCUUUUCAUUGUCGGCCGUUGUUGAGCAGCGACGUGCCUCGGCCCCGUUGGGCUCCCCAAGUUUUCGGGGAAACGGCGCGUGAUGUCAGCGGCUAGCCUCAGGGGCGAGCUGGGGCUGGUGACAUCAGCGCCGGCGGGUGAUAAAGCCCUUACCUCACAAACAUGAGCAGUCGGUAUUUUUCACUGCCCGGGCCCCCUGCGCCUGUGGGCUGCUCCUCGCCGUCGCGGACGGCCCGUGGGCGCCGCGCUCGGGUGCGUGACCUCGUGUCGAGGCCCUCGUAUCGCCCCGUUAUCCGGGACCGACGUAGCUCAGGCUAGGACGAGGACUUGGUAGCUUUGCCAUGGACGAGAGUCUUUUAUCGCUGGGGCAAACAAUCACGACGGAUUCGGAGAACAUGUCUCUGUCGUGUUUCUAUAACCCGCACUGUGGCACCAUGAUGCAUGCCAAUGGCCACGGUGAAGUGUGGACAGACUGGAACAGCACGUCCAAGUUUAUCCAGUACGGCUGGAGAUGCACCACCAACGAGGAUGCUUAUUCCAACAAGACCCUGAUGGGGAACUGGAACGAGGAGCGGUUCGAUAUCCGAAAAAUUGUGCAGCCCAAACCACUCCCUUCACAGUAUGCUCACUAUUUUGAAACCAUUUAUUCAUCCGAUUACAACAAGGGGAAGCAUCACAGCCCAAGAAGAUUUAAACGAGAGCCUCACUGGUUUCCUGGACACCAGCCUGAGCUGGAACCCCCUCCUUUCAAACCUACUGCACGGUCCUGUUACAUGAUCGACUAUGAGCCUUCUCAAGGGAAAGCGCCCCUUGCUUGUGUCGAAGUCCCAAGAAAAGAGCAGGAAGGGGCACAGCAGAAGGAGUAGAAGCAGAGCAAGUCUCCAGGCCUAUAGUUAGACCAGUAAACCCGUGUGCCAGUGCUGCUUAUAGGCUGCCCUUCCAAUUAUAACAUGUUUCUGAUAUUAAAAGCAAGCGGAGUGGAAAGCUGUGGUUCAUGUGACAUAGUCCCAGGACAGAGAGCUCCAGGAGCAUUCUUAAGCUGUAACAGGGUUCAGUCUGUAACUGCUGGUUUAAACGUUUGACUAGUUAUUUUUUCCACAAAAUCUAAGUAAAUAAAUGUUAACCUUA